UCCCUGGCAGAAGGACCUGCAUGAACAAACCCUAGAAGCCACGGUGAUGUGACCCUCAUCAGCAGCAGUAUGACCAGUAUGCGUUUAUUGCAGAGACACCCAGAAGGCAGCUGUAUUUGCAUAGCUGAGAAAAACUGGAUCUUGUUCACACUCAGCCAGAGGAAGUCUCCUGGGCACUGCUCACUCGUGAUCGAGCCCACAAGCUGUUUUCUCUUCCCCAAGGGUGAAGCCACACCUCCUUCCAGCCUGACAGAAACAAGGAUCUGAAGGGAGAUCUCUGAGACCCCGCUGCUGCCACCAUGAGCUCAGAAAACCUUGGAAAAUGCUCAGAUAUUGAGAUCUUUUUUGAGGAUGUCGUUGAGUGUCUCUGGGACAUACUCAGCAGAGAGGAACUGCUUCUCCUGCUGACUGAAUUCCUGAGGAAAAUUGAGGUGAAGGCUGGUUUGUCCAGGAAAGACGAGGCUGCACUACACGAAUAUCUAAAUGAAUUGAAAGGAGACUUGAUAGAGAAGGACCAGGAAACGCUCACAAAAGAGGAGCUGGACAGGAGGAGGUUUCUGAAGAAGUUUCCUCGGGUGAAGCAGCAGCUGGACGAGCGCAUAGGAAAGCUCCAAGAGCUCGCAGACAAGGUUGACAAGGACCACAAGGAGUCUACCAUCUUCAAAGUGAUGGCCCACACCACUGGCGUUGCAUCUGGCGCCCUGACCCUCCUUGGCCUGGCUCUGGCACCCGUGACAGGCGGGGGCAGUCUGGCACUCUCGGCCACUGGGUUCGUGCUGGGAGCAGCAGCUGCUGGGGCAACUGUGUCCACCAGCUACAAGGAAAACGCAAGCAGGUCAGCAGCUGAAACUGAAGCCAAUAGCCUGAUGGCAACUGGUGUCAAGAAAUGGAAGGUGCUCCUAAAUGUACUCAGGAGCAACUCCCGAAUUAGAUCAAUAGAGAAAUUGGCAAAAGCUGUGCGACAGAUUCAAAAAAAUAUACGUGCCAUGGAAACAGGCAAAGACAACCCUGAAUUUGCAACCAAUGUAAGCGACUACUUGGGCCCUGGGAAAAUCAUAGUCCCAGGCGCCCGGCUGGUAAAGAAGGCCUGUUCCGUUACCAUGGCUCCGGCAGCUGUCACAGGGGCCCGGAUUGUGGGUGCAGCCACCGCAGGUGUCUUUCUCCUGGUGGAUGUGGGCUUCCUAGUGAGGGAGUCAAUGCACUUGCAUGAUGGUGCAAAGGCAGAGUCUGCUGAAAACCUGAGGCAGCAGGCCAGGGAGCUGGAGAGGAAUUUGCAGGAGCUCAACAAUAUGUAUGAACUUCUGCAGUAGGGCCUGACUCAGCCACCCCCAGAGCAGUGCAUGGAUCAGGAUACACAUGGGUCGAGGUGCAGAGGUACCUUGUUAGAGAAAAAAAGGAGAAGGACAGAAAAUUUUUGGAGCUGAGUAUCAGGAAUUUGGGGUUUCUGCACCUGAGCACAGCAGGCGAGGGAUGGAUGUUGGUGACCACUCAGGGAGAGUGAAGGAAGGAGCCUGGAGCCUGGAUUGAGGGAAGACGGGGAACUAGAGAAGGGUUGGGGGUUGGGGGAGAGAAACCACUUUUUCCCUUCAUACUAUGAAAUUUUACUUUGUUUUGAGAAAUAGCCGAUUAACAAUGUUGUGAAACAAAAUAGCUUCAGGUGAACAGUGAAGGGACUCAGCCAUACAUCUACAUGUAUCCAUUCUCCCCUCAAACCCCCUCCCAUCAGAAACCACUUAUUUUGAACUAAAGAAGUCACUGGGGGCAGAAUAAAGGGAGAGGCAGGGGAACUAGCAAUGAAAGACCAGGAACAUGAAUGGGUUGAAAAUGAGAGAAAGUCAAAGAGUUAGGAUUGUUGGAAUCCAGGAGAAGUAGCAGGGGCUCCACUAGCACCCUCACCAAGGUCUGAUGCCCCAGCAAAGAGAGUCUCCCCCUGUUGGUGGUCUCUAGCCCUACUUCUCCAGCAUCAACUCACCUUUGAUCCCAGCAGCUUAUCUUAAUUAUUAAUUAGCCAGUGACUUCUUUUGCUUGCUUGUUUCUUUAACGGAAGUACAGUUGAUUUACAAUAUUGUAUUAGUUUCAGAUAUACAGCAAAAUGUUUCAGUUAUCACGUAUUCUGUAUAUAUCUGUUCUUUUUAAUUUUUUCAUUACAGAUUAUUACAAGGUACUGAAUGUUUUCCCCUGUACUAUACAUUAAGUUCUUGGGUUUUUUUUUUAAUCUAUUUAUGUACGGUAAUGUGUGUCUUUUAAUCCCACACUCCUGAUUUACCCCUCUGCCCCUUUGGUAACAAUAAAUUUGUUUUCUGUGACUCUGA